AAAACAAAAAUCAAUUUAGUUGUCAAAAUAACUGUGUUGCGGGAGGGUGUGCUUGAAUUUUAAAUUCAUCGGGUAUUUAUCGAAAUAAUUUCUUAGUUGAUUCUGUUUUAAAUAAUUCUUAUAAACAAAAAAACAUGGUUGUGGACUUAGAAUACGAUUUUAAUGCGGCGGUCGCGUCUAUGGACAUAUUUUCCCAACAAGAUUUCGACAGUUUGAAACAGUGGAUUCAGAAAUUGGAUAGAUCAAAAUAUGUGCCAAAAGAUCUUACGGAUAAACAGCUGUUAUUAUUCUAUAAUGCUUGUUAUGGGGAUUUGGAGAGGACGAAGGUGUGCAUUGAGAAGUAUUAUCAAUUGAGAAAAAAUGCGCCGGAGAUGUUUGACAACAGAAUUUUGAGUUCAGAAGAAGUACAGCCAUCAGUAGAGGCUCUAGAGUUCGCAUUUCUACCUGAGAAAUCCUGCCAAGGAUACGACCUCAUCUACCACCGUCUUCACAAUACGGAGCCUUCCAAGUACCACCUAGAGCCUGGCUGCAAAAUACUAUUCAUGACAGUUGAUGCCUGCCUGAGCAAAAGGGGUCCGCAGCCUGGACACAUCUUCCUAUUCGACAUGCAGGGCGUCAAGUUAGGCCAUCUAACUCGAGUCAGUUUAUCCUUUCAAAAGGACAGACAAAGGAGUCUGCGCAAGUUCUUCCAGUACGUGCAGGAGGCGAUGCCGGUGCGCAUGCGCGAGAUACACGUGUUCAACUCGGAGCCCAUCGUCGAUAAGCUGCUGAUGCUCAUCCGUCCCUUCAUGGACAAGAAGUUCUUUGACAUGAUAAAGUUCCACCACAAAAACGAGGAUCUGGAGAAGUUCUACGAGACAGUGGUCCCCCGAGCAGCUCUUCCCCCCGAUCACGGCGGAACCCUCCCCGACACCCAAACCCUGCACAAGAAGUGUAUGCAGACCCUCAAAGCCUUGGAGCCAUACUUCCGAUCUGAAGAGGAACAGAGGAUCAACGCUUUGCCGGAUAAGAAAAGAGAUAAAGCCAUGGAGAAGGCUUUCAAGAAUUUGGAGAUAGAUUAGAGUGUAAUCUCAGUAUGAAAUUUUACUUCUCACCAAUUUUGAUAUUAAUCGAGAGUCAAAACAAAAUAACAUCAAAGUAAAAUGAACCUAAAGAUUUUUGAUUU